CCCUUUUGCUGUUCUCUCCAGCGCGUUCGGUUUGUCCUAACCGGCCACUGUAGUCGAUACGUCAGUGGCGUUUAAGAUGGCGGCCACCUUGACAAGAGCUCUAUCAGGUUUGCUGAGGCCUCUGUCGGUUUUAGGCAGAGACUGUCUCAGACUCACACAGACACCGCGCUUCUCAACUCUAUGUCAGAGACAUGGCUCUAAACCACUGCCUGCUGUUCACACCGCUGCUCCCCUCCAACAGACCGGCCUGCUGAAGCGAGUAACUCCCCUCAUCCCUUCGUUGAUGCUCCAGCCGGUCAGGAACUUAACAUAUUACAGUCUGAGGAAAGGCAAGAGGAAGUCUGUGAAGUCGGUUGUUCAAAGGUUUCUCAGGCUACACUGUGGCCUGUGGGUGAGGAGAAAGGCUGGAUAUAAGAAAAAGCUGUGGAAGAAGUCAGCAGCCCGCAAGAAGCGCCUCCGAGAACAUGUAUUCUGUAAUAAAACUCAAUGUAAAUUAUUGGACAAAAUGACAACAUCCUAUUGGAAAAGAAGAAACUGGUACCUCAACGACCCGUACCAGAAAUACCAGGAUAGAGUGAACCUGAAGGUGUAAAACCCUCCUAACCUUACGCUGUUCAAGCAAAUAAAGACAUGAGACAUGAAGUGUGUAUGAAUUCACUAUUGGAAAACAUGUUGAGGAUUCAUGUGUAAAUGCUCCUGAAUAAAUUCUUUCAAUUGUUACAGUUUUAUAAAUGAUUGUUUCAAAGUCCACCUAUUGUUGGAGACACACGUU